UACCCCGCGUCCUUGGAAUCCUUGUCCUGCCCGUCUGUCUGCCUAGUCGCCAUUGCUCCUACACCGGUGGUACUCCGGGGCAAGAUGGGGCGCUUCAGUAGCCUCUCACCCGCGAUCCUGCUCCUCUCCUUGCAGAUCCUCACUCGAGUCUUCACCUUUGGGCUCAACCAGCUGCUGAUUCGCUUUAGCAGUCCGGCUCUGUACGGUGCUGCCCAUAUCAGGUGCGAGCUAGUCUUGGGCAUCGUUCUCUUCCUCUCGAGGGAGGGGAUUCGUGCUGCUACUUUGAGGCAAGAUGAUCGGAGCGAGAUUCAGGCAGAGGGAAAGGACCGCAAGUCCAAGCAUGGAGUUGAUCAAGAGGCAGGCAGUGAAGGGGGCAACCUGUCUCUACUGCCCAUCCCGCUUGGUAUCCUAUUCGCUCUUCUAGCUCUGCCCCUCUUCACAUCCUCCUCCACUGAAUCCCAAGAGACCCGGCCUUACCAAGACACGGUAAUCCACCUCUACCUACUCUCUGCCCUUUUGGAGCUCCUCUCCGAGCCACUCUACCUCCACGCCCUCUCUGCCAGAGGAGGGAGGAACCUAGCGCUUAGAGUACGGGCAGAGGGAAGCGCUGCAAUUGCAAAGGGUGUUGUCACGCUAGCAGGAGUAUUCUCUCUGGGAGAAGAGGCUGGACUUCUGGCGUUUGGGCUGGGACAGGCGGCGUAUGGAGCUGCUAUCCUGCUUACAUUUACGGGUAGCUACUCCCUUCGCUUUGGCCUCGGAAGAACCCUCCACCUCUAUAUGCCCAAUUGGUCCAGUCCGGCAAAGCCAAAAGAUGAAAGUCGCACUAGCACAGAUAGGCUGGCAGUGCUACUCUUUCUGCAAUCGAUACUCAAACAUCUUCUUACAGAGGCGGACAAGAUCGCUGUCUCCCGCUUGGCCUCCCUGGAAGAUCAAGGUGGGUAUGCUCUUGGUACCAAUUACGCCUCCCUGCCUCUGCGUCUUGUCUUCCAGCCGCUGGAGGAGUCGUCUCGAUUCCAAUUUUGCCAGACAUUAGGAAGUCUCAGCGACGAUAGAGCAGAUGGCGCAAAUACAACGGCGAGCACAAAAGAGACGCAGGUCGGGAAGGUCACCUCAGAGCCUGCAACCCAGAGUCGCGCCAAAGCAAAGCACCUCCUCACCUCCCUCCUGCACCUGCACCUCUUUCUCGGUCUCUUCCUCCUCUCCUACCUCCCUCCCCUCUCAAGACCGUUCAUCCAGGCCCUCUCAGGCUCCCAAUGGGCAAGCACAUCCGCCCCUCGCACCCUCUCCGCCUUCGCCCUCUUCCUCCCCGUGGCAGGCUGGUCCGGCAUCCUCGAGGGGUUUCUACAGUCCACUGCGAGUCCCACCGAGCUCAAGAGGUACAAUCGCGUCAUACUGUCCAGCUCGGCCACCUUUGGAGUUGUCCUGUGGACUCUGACGCGCGAGAGGGUUGCGAGAGAGGUAGGUGUGAGUACAGAGGAGGCACUCUUGUACGCCUCGACGGCUUCCAUGGCCGUACGAGCACUGUUCGGCUGGCGCUACGCUGUGGGCUUCUUCAAAAGAAGUCAGGAGCUGGCACUCACGGACUUACUCCCGAGCAGAGCGACCGUCCUCACCACUGCUGCCUCCGCUGGCCUACUGCGGGCAGUAGCGUCACGGCUGCCCUUCAGUGAGGAUCCAAUGGCUGUACUGCCGCUCAAGGCUUAUGGGCCUGUCGUACUGGCCGCUCUCAGCACUGGUGUGGGAGCAUUGGGAAUCAUGUGGUCACAGGACCGGCAGUCGAUCAUGCAUGCUUUAAGCGCUCUUCAUGGUUAGACCUUUCUUUUAUGUCAAUGGUACAAGCUUAGACACUGUAUGAUACAAAUAACGAAUUCGAAAUGGAAAUGAAAGCCGAAUCAUCUCAUAUGCCACCAGUCCCCUCCACCAUCCUGCUCCCAUUCCAGCGAUAGCCACCUCCGUCUCCCCUAUUGUACCGCGUGAAAUUAUCAAUGGCCUUCCUAUCAAUUGCCUUUCGAAAGGUGAUGUUGAUUCUACCUUCCUUUACGCCCUUUCGCUUUGGUAUAGAGUGCUCCC